AAGCUACUGAUCAUCAUGGUUAAACGAGUGGCGAUCAUCGGUGGCGGUGUUAGUGGACUUGUAGCCACGAAGAGCUGUAUAGAAGAGGGUCUGGAUCCAACAUGCUUUGAACAGCGGGACUCCGUAGGCGGUCUGUGGGCCUUUGAGGACAAAGUUCAAGACAAUCUCUCCUGCUGCAUGUGGUCGACCACGAUGAACACCAGCAAAGAAAUGUCAUGCUUCAGCGAUUUCUUGAUGCCGAAGGAAUCUCCAAACUUUUUACACAACGUGGAGGCACUAGAGUAUCUCAGGAACUACGCCCGGCAUUUUAAUCUCGACAAACACUUUUCUUUGAACACAGAAGUCGUGAUGGUCAAGAGGUCUCCAGACUUCUCCAACACAGGACAGUGGAUCGUUCGAAGACCGCAUGACAGUGGAAAUAAGAAACAUUUAAAUGACCAAGUUUUUAGUUCAAAUCGUAUCUCUUUCAACAGGUCAGAAUACAAAAUCCGGAGAAGCAAAGACGGAGUAUUUGACGCCGUGAUUGUGUGCUCAGGCCAUCACGGAGAAAAGCACAUUCCCAGAUUUCCUGGCCUUGGGGAGUUCAAAGGUCAGAUUCUGCACUCACACGACUACCGCAAGCCGCUGGACUUCACCGGCAAACGGGUGUUAGUCGUCGGCCUCGGCAACUCGGGUGGAGACAUCGCCUCGGAGAUCGGCCAGGUCGGCCAGGUAGUACUAAGCACGCGCCGAGGUGUGUGGGUUGUGCCUCGUGGUCUGGGACGAGGUUUGCCGUUGGAUGUGGCCCUACACACCCGACUGGGAUUUCUUCUCCAGAAGGUUCUUCCAUUUUCGUGGGGCCAGAUGCUCGCCGCUGCCGAUCUCAGCGAAAGGCUGGACCACGACCUCUACGGUCUUACCUCGUCCUCGCUGCCCAAUGGAUUCGCCUUAUUCAUCAGCGAUGACCUCGCUUCCCGCAUCAUCUGUGGAAAGGUUAAGGUCAAAGAGGAUGUCAAGAGUUUUUCUACAUCCAGUGUGGAGUUUGUGGACGGCACUGUGGAGGACAUCGACGCCGUGAUUUUCGCUACUGGCUACCACAUCCGCUUCCCUUUUAUGGAGAAGGAGGUGGUGGAGGUGAAGGACAACAUCAUGCCCCUCUACAAGCGCGUGUUUCUCCCUGACUUGGAGCAGCAGACACUUGCGUUCGUCGGGUUCUUCAAUGCCAAUGGUUGCUUGUGGCCCAUCUGUGAAUUACAGAGCAGACUGGCUGUCCGUGUGCUCUCUGGCGCGAUGAAACUACCAACUCGCAAAGCGAUGAAAGAUGAUAUUGAACUGAUGGAAGAAGCAAGGCCAAAAUGUUCCCAAACACACUUCGUCACACUGUCGAGAUGGACUUCAUCUCUUACUUGGACGAACUUGCUGAGAUGGCGGCUUCUACUGACUGAUCCCAAGCUUGGCCUCCGUGUUCUCUGUGGACCCUGCGUGCCAUCGCAGUUCCGCCUGCAGGGACCUGGACACUGGCCAGGGGCACGUGAAGCAAUCCUUACUGUAAUGGACAGGGUUCGAUACCCGCUUCAGACCCGGCGUCUUCCACCCGGACUCCCUAAAACUAUCGAGAGGCUUCGCGAGUUCUUCUACCCCUCCAAGACGUGGAUCGUGUCUCUGUACCUCACAAUCAUUGGUCUGCUCUUCUGGAUUAUUGUUAACUGAUUAUAACAACUUUUCUGUUUACCUGGUCUCGUGUCCAUUCAUCACUGAACAAACGUUUCUCGACCCGAAUGAAUGACACGAUUCAAUGAACAUUUUCCCUCGUUAAUAUUGAAUAAGACAUACACUACACUGGACUAAAUAUAACACAAGAGUUAAUUAUUUUUAGCAGGUAACAACUUAACCAGAAUAACUGAGUUAAGAUUAAGAUUGUUUGGGGUCACUUCGGCUGAUAGUUUUAGCACUUGUUUGUCGUUUUCUGUAAGUUUCUUUG